GCCCCGGCGGAGCCCCUGCCCAGCGGCCGCUGAGCCCCCCGCGCCCCCGCGCCCCCGUCGCCCCCGCCGCCGGCGACCCGGAGACAUGUCUCUGCUUUGCGUGGGAGUCAAAAAAGCCAAGUUUGAUGGUGCCCAAGAGAAGUUCAACACGUACGUGACCCUGAAGGUGCAGAAUGUCAAGAGCACGACGAUCGCCGUGCGGGGCGGCCAGCCCAGCUGGGAGCAGGACUUCAUGUUUGAGAUUAACCGUCUGGACCUGGGGCUGACCGUGGAGGUGUGGAACAAAGGGCUCAUCUGGGACACGAUGGUGGGCACCGUGUGGAUUCCACUGCGGACCAUCCGCCAGUCCAAUGAGGAGGGCCCCGGAGAGUGGCUGACACUGGACUCCCAGGUCAUCAUGGCCGACAGCGAGAUCUGUGGCACCAAAGACCCCACCUUCCACCGCAUCCUUCUCGACACGCGCUUCGAGCUGCCCCUGGACAUCCCCGAGGAGGAGGCGCGCUACUGGGCCAAGAAGCUGGAGCAGCUGAACGCCCUGCGGGACCAGGACGAGUUCUUCCAGGACGAGCAUGACAAGCCUCUGCCGGUUCCCAGCAGCCAGUGCUGCAACUGGAACUACUUCGGCUGGGGCGAGCAGCAGAUGGAGGACCCCGACAGCGCCGUGGACGACCGCGACAGCGACUACCGCAGCGAGACGAGCGCCAGCGUCCCGCCGCCCUAUUACACCACGGCGCAGCCCAACGCCUCGGUGCACCAGUACGCUCUGCGGACCCCGGCCCUGGGCGCCCGCGAGUCCCUGCCCAGCUACGAGGACUUCUCCGAGCCGCGCGCGCUCAGCCCCACGGGCAGCAGCCGCUACGCCUCGUCGGGGGAGCUGAGCCAGGGCAGCUCGCAGCUCAGCGCCGGCUUCGACCCGGACGAGCAGAGCCUGCAGGGCUCGGAGCUGGAGGACGAGCGCGACGGGGACUCCUACCACUCCUGCCACAGCUCCGUCAGCUUCCACAAGGACUCGCCGCGCUGGGACCAGGAUGAGGAGCUGGACGAGGACUUGGACGAGGAGCUGGACGAGGACCUGGAGGACUCCCUGGAGGAGGAGGGGCUGGACGAGGAGCUGGAGGAGGAGGAGGAGGUGCCGGACGAGGGCGAGCUGGUGCGGGGCGGCUACUUGGAGCGCGAGCACGUGGCGGUGGCGGAGCCCAAGGACUUCAAGCGCAUCAGCCGCCCGCCGCCCGCCGAGAAGGAGGACAGGGCCCCGGCCGUGCCCGCCGAGGCUCCCGAGGUGGCCAAGGCGGCCCCCGAGCCCAUAGUGCCUGAGGAGGGGCUCGCAGCCGAGUGGACCCCGGAGCCCAAGGCCCCCAAGGCGGAGGAGAGGCCGCGAAAGGUGGAGGACGGCCAGGAGGGGCAGGGCUCCAUGUCCAGGGCCAAGGCCAACUGGCUGCGGGCCUUCAGCAAGGUGCGGCUGCAGCUGCAAGAGGCCCGGGGGGAAGGAGAGAUGUCCAAAUCCCUGUGGUUCAAAGGCGGCCCCGGUGGUGGCCUCAUCAUCAUCGACAGCAUGCCGGAUAUCCGCAAGAGGAAGCCCAUCCCGCUCGUGAGCGACCUGGCUAUGUCCCUGGUCCAGUCCCGGAAGGCGGGCAUCACCUCGGCGCUGGCCUCCAGCACGCUCAACAACGAGGAGCUGAAGAACCACGUCUACAAGAAGACCCUGCAGGCCUUGAUCUACCCCAUCUCAUGCACGACGCCACACAACUUCGAGGUGUGGACGGCGACCACGCCCACCUACUGCUACGAGUGCGAGGGGCUGCUGUGGGGCAUCGCGCGGCAGGGCAUGCGCUGCAGCGAGUGCGGCGUCAAGUGCCACGAGAAGUGCCAGGACCUGCUCAACGCGGACUGCCUGCAGCGGGCGGCCGAGAAGAGCUCCAAGCACGGGGCGGAGGACCGCACGCAGAACAUCAUCAUGGUGUUGAAGGACCGCAUGAAGAUCCGCGAGCGCAACAAGCCCGAGAUCUUCGAGCUCAUCCAGGAGAUCUUCGCCGUCACCAAGGCCGCGCACACACAGCAGAUGAAGGCGGUCAAGCAGAGCGUGCUGGACGGCACGUCCAAGUGGUCGGCCAAGAUCAGCAUCACCGUGGUCUGUGCCCAGGGCUUGCAGGCGAAGGACAAGACGGGCUCCAGCGACCCCUACGUCACCGUCCAGGUCGGGAAGACCAAGAAGCGGACGAAAACCAUCUACGGGAACCUGAACCCCGUGUGGGAGGAGAACUUCCACUUCGAGUGCCACAACUCCUCCGACCGCAUCAAGGUGCGCGUCUGGGACGAGGACGACGACAUCAAGUCCCGCGUGAAGCAGCGGUUCAAGAGGGAGUCGGACGACUUCCUGGGGCAGACCAUCAUCGAGGUGCGGACGCUCAGCGGCGAGAUGGACGUGUGGUACAACCUGGACAAGAGGACCGACAAGUCGGCCGUGUCCGGUGCCAUCCGGCUCCACAUCAGCGUGGAGAUCAAAGGCGAGGAGAAGGUGGCCCCGUACCACGUCCAGUACACCUGUCUGCAUGAGAACCUCUUCCACUUUGUGACAGACGUGCAGAACAAUGGGGUUGUGAAGAUCCCGGAUGCCAAGGGUGACGACGCCUGGAAAGUCUACUAUGACGAGACGGCACAGGAGAUUGUGGAUGAGUUUGCCAUGCGCUAUGGCGUCGAGUCCAUCUACCAAGCCAUGACCCACUUCGCCUGCCUCUCCUCCAAGUACAUGUGCCCCGGGGUCCCCGCUGUCAUGAGCACGCUACUGGCCAACAUCAACGCCUACUACGCUCACACCACUGCCUCCACCAACGUGUCGGCCUCAGACCGCUUUGCCGCCUCCAACUUCGGGAAAGAGCGUUUCGUGAAGCUUCUGGACCAGCUCCACAACUCCCUGCGGAUUGACCUCUCCAUGUACCGGAACAACUUCCCGGCCAGCAGCCCAGAGAGGCUCCAGGACCUCAAGUCCACCGUGGACCUCCUCACCAGCAUCACCUUCUUCCGAAUGAAGGUGCAGGAGCUCCAGAGCCCGCCCCGAGCCAGCCAGGUGGUGAAGGAUUGUGUGAAAGCAUGCCUCAACUCCACCUACGAGUACAUCUUCAACAACUGUCACGAGCUCUACAGCCGGGAGUACCAGACAGACCCGGCCAAGAAAGGUGAGGUUCCCCCAGAGGAACAGGGUCCCAGCAUCAAGAACCUCGACUUCUGGUCCAAGCUGAUCACCCUCAUAGUGUCCAUCAUCGAGGAAGACAAGAAUUCCUACACCCCCUGCCUCAACCAGUUUCCCCAGGAGCUGAACGUGGGAAAAAUCAGUGCCGAGGUGAUGUGGAAUCUGUUUGCCCAGGACAUGAAGUACGCCAUGGAGGAGCACGACAAGCACCGCCUGUGCAAGAGCGCGGAUUACAUGAACCUCCACUUCAAGGUCAAGUGGCUGUACAACGAGUACGUGGCCGAGCUCCCAGCCUUCAAGGACCGCGUGCCCGAGUACCCCGCGUGGUUCGAGCCCUUCGUCAUCCAGUGGCUGGACGAGAACGAGGAGGUGUCGCGGGACUUCCUGCACGGGGCCCUGGAGCGGGACAAGAAGGAUGGGUUCCAGCAGACCUCGGAGCACGCCCUCUUCUCCUGCUCUGUGGUGGACGUCUUCUCCCAGCUCAAUCAGAGCUUCGAGAUCAUCAAGAAGCUCGAGUGCCCCGACCCCCAGAUUGUGGGGCAUUACAUGAGGCGCUUCGCCAAGACCAUCAGCAAUGUGCUCCUGCAGUACACGGACAUCGUCUCCAAGGACUUCGCCUCCUACUGCGCCAAGGAGAAGGAGAAAGUGCCGUGUAUCCUCAUGAACAACACUCAGCAGCUUCGAGUCCAGCUGGAGAAGAUGUUCGAGGCCAUGGGCGGGAAGGAGCUGGAUGCAGAGGCCAGUGACAUCCUGAAGGAGCUUCAGGUGAAACUCAACAACGUCCUGGACGAGCUCAGCCGGGUGUUUGCGACCAGCUUCCAGCCGCACAUCGAGGAGUGCGUCAAGCAGAUGGGCGACAUCCUCAGCCAGGUGAAGGGCACGGGCAGUGUGCCGGCCAGCGCCUGCAGCAGCGUGGCCCAGGACGCCGACAACGUGCUGCAGCCGAUCAUGGACCUGCUGGACAGCAACCUGACCCUCUUUGCCAAAAUCUGCGAGAAGACGGUGCUGAAGCGAGUGCUGAAGGAGCUCUGGAAGCUGGUCAUGAACACCAUGGAGAAGGCUGUGGUACUGCCCCCGCUCACUGACCAGACGGUGAGGCCCGGGGGGUCACUCGAGGUCACAGAGGGCCCCGCGGGGGCCACGGGGGUCAGGCAGGGUCCUCCAAGAUUAAAAAAUUAA